AUGAGUUUGGACGAUUUGAAACAACAACGCGCCAUUACAAAAAAGAACAUUUCCCGCAUUAAAACUGUGAUCGGCGCCAACGCAAAAGGUGAAGGCAAAUCACUCUCUGCCGCAGAAUUAAAAUGUCGCCUGGGUAUUUUGGACUCAUAUUUUAAACAAAUUUUGUCGGUUCAAAAUAAAAUCGAAAACAUUGACCCAGACGACAAUGGCCGUGCUGACAUCGAGGAUUUGUAUUGCUACAUCAACUCGCAGAUACAACACCAACUGGUUGAGGACGGACAUAACACAACUUUUGCGGAAUCGUCGUUUGCUAUCGCUGUCCCCUCAAACAAGCUGCCACGACUGAAGUUGCCUAGCUUCAAUGGCAAGUACAGUGAGUACAAAAACUUUAUAAAUUCGUUCAAACAAAUCAUCGAUCGUGAACAUGGGCUUUCGAAUAUUGAGAAAUUCAACCAUUUGCUGAACUGUCUCCAUGGUCACGCUCUAGAAACAGUGAAAGCAUUCCAAGUGACGAACGAAAAUUAUCCCAAGGCUUUAGAACGGCUGAAGACACGCUAUGACAAUAGCACCCUCAUAUUUAUGGAAAAUAUUUCCACUCUUUUCGAUCUGCCUGAUGUUUCUAAGCCUAGCUCUGGUCAACUAAGAAGCCUUGUGGAUAAUGUUUCAGCCCUCUACAGUUCACUUCAGUCUCUUGGCUCGCCCACUGAUAUUAUCACCAUUCUGGUAAAUCUAACCAAAAAUUAUCGAAACAUGGUUAUACUUUCUCGUGCUCCAAACGUGUUUGUGCCUUCUGUUCCAAAUCUGAUCAUUAUAUCGCACAAUGUCAACGCUUUAAGGACUUAG